AAAAGAUAGCAUCAUCAUUCACCACCAUUAACCACAAGCCGCAAAAAGAAAAUUGAAAAAAUAAUUCAAAAGCAAGAAAAACCCUAUUUUUGUUCCCUUUCUCUCCUUGCAGCUUUUCAAGAAAAGAAGAAAUCAUGAAAGGAGCGAAACGAUUUGCCGCUUCAGACCCAGUCCCUGACUCGAAUGACACGGCAAGGCUGAUUGUGCCACACUCAUUAUGGUUGCAGUUACGGAAUAAGAGAAUAAUGGAAGGAUCGCUAUUUGAUAUUCAUAGACCUGAACAAUCUCAGCAACAAUCGACUCCAUUGCCACCAUUGGAUGCAAAACGGGCUGCUUCAUCACAGCAGCAUGUGAGAGCUCUCAAUAACCAAUUUGCCAGUUGGGUUCAAACGCAACUGAAGAACCAUCCUGAUGAACUCUGGGAAGAUGGGAUUCGAGAUUACCUUGCUCAUGCUUCAAACAUUAUGGAGAAGUUUAGUGAAGUUGUCAGCUGGCUUAAAGCAAAUGCUGUAAAAGGAGGGCCUGUUGCUGAUUCUCUUCCAGCUGAAAAGAAAUUAGUGCCUGAAAUAAAGAAUAAUGAGAGCAAAUUACUUCAAGAAAAAACCGGGUUUGCUUUACCGAGUAGCAGUACAAGCUUUACAAGUUCCUGGAGCUCUGGUGUCUUUUCUGCCAACCAAAGUUCUGGAGGAGUAUCAUCUAGUAGCCAAAGCUCUAGUUUAUUCUCCAAUGGUCAAAGUUCUGGUUCAUUAUUAUUGAACAAUUCAAGUUCUGUUUUGUCCUCAAACAACCAAAGCUCUGGAUUUUUCUCAAACAUUCAAAGCCCUGGCCUCUUGUCCAACAAUCAAAGCUCUGGAGCAUUCUCCAACAGCCAGAGUUUAGGAGCACUCUCCAACAGUCAAACACCUUUCUCCUUUAAUCAAAGCUCCGGAACAUUCUCCAACAGCCAAAGUUUAGGAGCACUUCCCAACACUCAAACAUCUUUUUUGUUUGGUGGCCAAAGCUCCUUCCCUGCAAACCAUAACACUGCAGAUGAUGCAGAAAAUGAAUUACAGCAACCUGGCAGUCCAUCUGUGAAGAAGUCUGUAGAGAAGGGUAUUGUGACAGUCCAUGAAGUCAAGUGCAAGCUCUAUGUGAAGUCAAGUGAUCCGGCAGAUGAGGACACAUGGAAAGAUAAGGGCCCAGGGCAGCUUUCCAUCAAAUGCAGAGAGGGGAUUGGCAAGUCCACGAAAGAAUCUAAACCAACAAUUGUUGUUCGAAAUGAUGUGGGGAAAGUGUUACUUAAUGCUUUGCUCUAUCCAGGAAUCAAGACAAAUCCACAGAAGAAUUCCCUUGUUGCAAUAUUUCACACUGCAGGUGAUGAUAGCGGCAAUAAUGAUAGUGUUGUGGCACGUACUUUCUUAAUUAGGACAAAAACGGAGGAGGAUCGGAAUAAGCUAGCGACAGCAAUCCAAGAAUACGCUCCUCCUUCAUGAAAGUCGUUAUAGGAGCACGAGUCUUAAAAUUUUGCAGCAAUUGGCUUGUUAGGAACUGAGCCAGCUUGUCUUGGGGCUCCAAAAUAACAGGGGUCAAUUUUUAGAACUCGGACCCCAUGAAAUCAAAUGUAUUUCUAUUACUUGUAUUAUAAUAGGAGGAAAAGGAAUGCUAUGUUUUGUUUCAAUCUUAAACCGUCAUUCUCCUUUUAGUGUUUAUUUGAUGAAUGAGCACGUCAUCAUAUGACUGGCAUCAUUCACGGUGUCCAAACGCCUUAAUUGAUGCAAUGCUAUCAAAUAUUUCUUCUCU